CUGGUCGUUGUGUAUGUGAUCAUUGGCCUUGCCGUGAUCACGGCAUCAUUGGAUCUCUGUUCCUCUACAUUGAAACGGACCUUCACCAAGCUUCACUAUUUCGGGAGGAAAAUCCGUGGUGCGAGAAGGGGCUUUGCUAACAUGAGCGAUGAUAUAAGAGAAGCUAUGAGAAUUAUCGCUGCUCUCAAAAAAACAAGGCCGAGCAAAGAUCGUAUUACGCUGGACGAUUUGAAGCGCUUCUUGGAAGUUCAGGAACAUUUGCUACGUCAGCCCUAUGUUCCUUGUAAUGUUCACAUGAUGCGAUGGAUAGAGGACAAUGUAGGACCACAAAUGGUAUGCUCAUCAUCUUCCAUCCUUUCCAGUGUUUUACAGAAUUUAUUACUGCUUGCAAAUCUUCUCAACCGAAGGGUGUUCUGGCAGUGUCACGUAAAUCAGGUUUUUUAA